UAGGGGAGGGGUUCUGAUCCCGCCCCGCGAGCUGAUUAAGGGAGGGCGGAACUGGGCCUUAGGAGGAGCAGGAACUAGGAAGCGGCCUGUGGAGUCCCGGGCCGGGCCGGAUGGAUUUGUUCGGGAACUUCCCGGAGCCGGAUCCCUCGGCAGCAGGGACUGAAGCACUGAAAGGAGGAUCUUUGCUUUUUGAUGAUCUCCCACCAUCCAGCAGCUCAGGGAAAGAAGCACAAACAGGGCCUUUGCUUUUUGAUGAUCUUCCACCCGUCAGCAGUGCUGACUCAGGGACAGGAGGACCUUUGCUCUUUGAUGAUCUCCCACCAGCCAGCAGUGGUGACUCAGCUUCACGCAUCACUGAGCAGGUCUCAGCAGUAGGGAAUCAUGGGAAAGGAGAGAAGAGGAAAGUCUCAGAGGAAGAGAAGAACGGCCGUGAAGAACUUGUGGAAAAGAAAGUUUGUAAAGCAUCUGGAGGCAUCUUUGGACUGAAAGGUUAUAUGGCAGAGAGGAAAGGUGAACGAGAGGAGAUGCAGGAUGCACAUGUCAUCUUGAAUGACAUCACUGAGGAGUGCAGACCCCUUCCCCCUCAAAUAACCCGUGUCUCAUACUUUGCCGUUUUUGAUGGCCAUGGGGGAGUUCGAGCUUCAAAAUUUGCAGCACAGAAUCUGCACCAAAACCUGAUUAGGAAAUUUCCUAAAGGAGAGGUAGUCAGUGUGGAGAAAACAGUGAAGAGAUGCCUUCUGGACUCUUUCAAACAUACAGAUGAGGAGUUCCUGAAGCAGGCCUCCAGUCAGAAGCCUGCCUGGAAGGAUGGUUCCACAGCAACCUGUGUCCUGGCUGUAGAUAAUAUCCUUUACAUUGCCAACCUUGGAGACAGCCGGGGAUUUUUGUCAGCACAGGCGAUUUUGUGUCGUUACAACCAGGAAAGUCAGAAACAUACAGCCUUAAGUCUCAGUAAAGAACACAACCCUACCCAAUAUGAGGAGCGAAUGAGGAUACAGAAGGCUGGAGGAAAUGUCAGGGAUGGACGAGUGCUGGGUGUGCUGGAGGUUUCCCGCUCCAUUGGGGAUGGACAGUACAAACGCAGUGGUGUCAUUUCUGUGCCGGAUAUCAAACGCUGCCAACUCACACACAAUGACAGCCACUUCACAGGGGGAGAGAGAUGGAAGAACAGAACUUUCAAGGGAAGAGUGAGUUCCUGCAGGAACGGAAAUAACUAUAUAUGGACAAUACACAGUGACUUUGCAUAACAAGUCACUGUAUUCAUUGUUUGUAGAGCCCCGUAGUAUGUCCUGACAUAGGAACUCUGCUACUGCAUCUUUAUUAUACUUUUGGCAUGUUCUCUAGUUUUGUGUAGGGAAUAUGUAAGGAGGAUAGCCUCGGGGGGCAUCAGCAUACUUUCCAGCAGCUGAUAGCAGUGCUGUCAAAGGUCAUCUGUAUUUUGGAAACUCUUCCACAAGAUUCUAACAGAGGGCAUCUAGUAAAAUAAAUUGGGGAUUUUGUAGUUGGAGGGUGGAAGAGCCUACCCAUAUUGCUAGGGCCCUACCAAAUUUAUGGUCCAUUUUGGUCAAUUUCACGGUCAUAGGAUUUCAAAAGUCGUAAAUUUCAUGGUUUCCGCUAUUAAAAUCUGAAUUUUCAUGGUGUUGUAAUUGAUGGGGUCCUGACCCAAAAAGGAGUUGUGGGGGGAUUGUGGUACUACUACCCUUACUUGUGCGCUGCUGCUGGCGGCAACACUGCCGUCAGAGCUGAGUAGCUGGAGAGCGGUGGUUGCUGACUGGGAGCACAGCUCUGAAGGCAGCACCACCACCAGCAGCAGCGCAGAAGUAAGGAUGGCAAUUUCCACCCUUACUUCUGCGCUGCUGCCUGCAGAGCUGGACCCUCAGUCAGCCUCCGCCACCCUUUGGCCACCCAGCUCUGAAGGCAGUGACACAGAAGUAAGGGUGUCAUGGUAUGGGAUUGCCACCCUUACUUCUGCACUGCUGCUGUGGGGGGGGGA